UGGGGGAACUGGCCUGGUGUUCUGGAACAGCUGCAGCCGGCGCUGGGCCCGCCUGGAAUGCGGGAACAGGCUGCGCACCAGGACUUUUAUGGAAACUUGCUGCUGGAGGCGGCGGCGGCGGCCAGAGGGCUCCCAGCGGCCGGAGCGGCGGCGGCAGCGGCCGGAGCGCCCAGACCCCUACCCGCACCCAGGCGCAGGACGCGCACAGCCUCUCCGCGCGCGAGGAGGACACUCGCUGCUCGUCGGCUCCGGGCGGGUGCAAAAAUAUACAAAGCUCCAUAAUCACCCUGAGACCACAUAGAGCAAACAUGAAUGAUAUUUCCCAAAAGGCUGAGAUUCUGCUUUCUUCAUCUAAACCUGUCCCAAAAACCUAUGUGCCAAAACUUGGCAAGGGUGAUGUAAAGGAUAAGUUUGAAGCCAUGCAGAGAGCCAGGGAAGAAAGAAAUCAAAGGAGAUCUAGAGAUGAAAAGCAAAGAAGAAAAGAACAAUAUAUUAGAGAGAGAGAAUGGAACAGGAGAAAGCAGGAGAUUAAAGAAAUGCUUGCUUCUGAUGAUGAGGAAGAGGCAUCUUCUAAAGUAGAAAAGGCUUAUGUCCCAAAGCUAACAGGAACUGUUAAAGGUAGAUUUGCUGAAAUGGAGAAACAAAGACAAGAAGAACAAAGAAAGAGGACAGAGGAGGAACGAAGACGCAGAAUUGAGCAGGAUAUGUUAGAGAAGAGGAAGAUACAACGUGAAUUAGCAAAAAGGGCUGAGCAGAUUGAGGACAUAAACAAUACGGGAACUGAAUCAGCAUCAGAGGAAGGAGAUGAUUCACUACUUGUAACAGUGGUACCUGUCAGAUCACACAAAACUUCUGGAAAGAUAAAGAAUUUCGAGGAUCUAGAAAAAGAACGAGAAGAAAAAGAAAGGGUCAAGUAUGAAGAAGAUAAAAGAAUAAGAUAUGAAGAACAACGGCGAUCUCUCAAGGAAGCAAAGUGUCUUUCCUUGGUCAUGGAUGAUGAACUAGAAAGCGAGGCAAGAAAAGACUCCAUUUCUCCUGGAAAAUUGAAACUAACUUUUGAAGAAUUGGAAAGACAAAGACAAGAAAACCGAAGGAAGCAAGCUGAGGAGGAAGCACGACAACGUUUAGAAGAAGAGAAGCGUGCUUUUGAAGAAGCAAGGCGGCAAAUGGUAAAUGAAGAGGAGGAAAACCAAGACACAGAAAAAAUUUUAAAAGGGUACCGCCCUGGUAAACUCAAACUCAGCUUUGAAGAAAUAGAAAGACAAAGGAGAGAAGAUGAAAAAAAGAAAGCAGAAGAAGAAGCCAGAAGGAGAAUAGAGGAAGAAAAGAAGGCAUUUGCUGAAGCAAGGAGAAGCAUGGUAGUAGAUGAUGACUUCCCAGAGAUGUAUAAAACAAUUUCUCAAGAAUCUCUUACACCGGGAAAACUGGAAAUUAAUUUUGAAGAAUUAUUAAAACAAAAAAUGGAAGAAGAAAAACGACGAACGGAGGAAGAAAGGAAGCAUAAGCUAGAGAUGGAAAAACAGGAAUUUGAACAACUGAGACAAGAAAUGGGAGAGGAAGAGGAAGAACAUGAAACCUUUGAACUGAGUAGGGAAUAUGAAGAAUUAAUAAAAUUGAAAAGAAGUGGCUCUAUUCAAGCUAAAAAUUUAAAAAGCAAGUUUGAAAAAAUUGGACAACUGUCUGAAAAAGAAAUCCAGAAAAAGAUAGAAGAAGAACGAGCAAAAAGGAGAGCAAUUGACCUUGAAAUUAAAGAGCGAGAAGCAGAAAACUUUCAUGAGGAAGAAGAUGUUGAUGUCAAGCCUGCAAAAAAAAGUGAGGCUCCAUUUACUCAUAAAGUGAAUAUGAAAGCUAGAUUUGAACAAAUGGCUAAGGCAAGAGAAGAAGAGGAACAAAGAAGAAUUGAAGAACAAAAGUUACUGCGCAUGCAGUUUGAACAAAAGGAAAUUGAUGCAGCACUACAAAAGAAAAGAGAAGAGGAGGAGGAAGAAGAAGGUGGUAGCAUCAUGAAUGGUUCCACUAUUGAAGAUGAGGAGCAAACGAGAUCAGGAGCUCCAUGGUUCAAGAGGCCUCUAAAAAACACAUCAGUUGUAGACAGUGAGCCAGUUAGAUUUACUGUUAAAGUAACAGGAGAACCCAAACCAGAAAUUACAUGGUGGUUUGAAGGAGAAAUACUGCAAGAUGGAGAAGACUAUCAAUAUAUUGAAAGAGGAGAAACUUACUGCCUUUAUUUACCAGAAACUUUCCCAGAAGAUGAAGGAGAAUAUAUGUGUAAAGCGGUCAACAACAAAGGCUCUGCAGCUAGUACCUGUAUUCUUACAAUUGAAAGUAAGAAUUAAUCAUUUUUAAUCUAGAACUUUUAUUGUAUUUAAAUUUUUUCUUCCUUUAAAAAAUCACUUUUCUUCUUCUCUUUUUUAGCUGACGACUACUAGCUCCCCUUCCCUCUCCCUGCCCCCUCCCAGCCCCCCCCCCCCCUCCGAAUUUCUUACUACAUCCAUGUUUUCUGUGGCGGGGCCAAAAAUGGAAACCAGAAGUGCCACUAUAUUGACUUUUUAUUCCUUUUCCUAACAGUCUUCAAAACACAAGCUCAUCUAAAGAAUACCUUCUUCCUAUCCAAAUCAUCACCAGAUUUGUCACCAUAUUGUGAAGUUAAUGUGUAUUUAAUGGGGUAGAGUGGAAAAGUUACUCAAUUAUUCUAAGCUUAUAGCAAUUACGUUUUAAAGAUCACAAAUAAAACAUUAUUUUGCAUGAAAAAA